CCACAGUUAAGGAAGACCAGCCAACCGGGGAGACCAGCAGGAAAGAGGGGGAGGGGCAGCGAGGUGGAGAGGAAGGGUUGAAAGGAAGGGGAGACAGGGUCAGGGUGCAGGAAGGAGAGGACAGGGCCCGGGGAGACCUCUGGGGAGGACAGCAGAGCGAGGAGGAGCUGGGAGUGGGAAGGGGAGAAGGGAGGAGGAGGUGGAGGAGUGAACGGAGGGGUAGAGAGGAAGACAGGACGGGGAAGUGGGGUUAGAGGGCUAGAAAGGAGGGCGAGGCCCGGGGCCCAGGCGGGCGCCCAGGAUGCCCGGGCCGCGCCCCGCGGAGCAGUCCCGCAAUCCUGGGGAGCGCCGGCCGCUGCUGGCGCGCGGCGCGCGGGGUCCCCGACGGUGGCGGCGGGCGGCGGCGACAGCGGUGCUGCUGGUGGCGAUGCUGGAGCGCGCCGCUUUCUUCGGCGUCGCCGCCAACCUCGUGCUGUACCUCAACAGCGGGAACUUCAACUGGGCGGGCGAGCAGGCGUCGCUCGCCGCGCUCGUCUUCCUGGGCGCCUCCUACCUGCUGGCGCCCGUGGGAGGCUGGUUGGCGGACGUGUACCUGGGCCGCCACCGCGUCGUCACCAUCAGCCUGCUACUCUACCUGGCCGCCUCGUGCCUGCUGCUCGCCACCUCCAUCCCAGAUGGCCGCAGCUCCUUCUGCGGAGAGAUGCCCGAGUGGCCGCUGGGACCCUCCUGCCCCUCUUCUGACUGCCAGCACGCCCUGCCCAGCCCCUACUGCGCGCCCACCCUCUACGCCACACUGCUGCUGCUCGCCCUGGCUGCCAGCUCCGUGAGAAGCAGCCUCACCUCUUUCGGGGGCGACCAGGUGAUGGAUCUUGGCCGCGAUGCCACCCGCCGCUUCUUCAACUGGCUUUAUUGGAGCAUCAACCUGGGGGCCGUGUUCUCGCUGCUGGUGGGGUCCUUCAUCCAGCAGAACAUCAGCUUCCUGGUGGGCUACAGCAUCCCCGUGGGCUGUGUGGGCCUGGCCUUCUUCAUCUUCCUCUUUGCCUCCCCUGUCUUUAUCUCCAAGCCCCCCACGGGCAGCCAAGUGUCCUCCAUGCUUAAGCUUGCCCUCCAGAACUGCUGCCCCUGGCUGUGGCACCGACAUGCUGCCAGAGAUGCUCAAGGUGCCCACCUGCUGCCUGACCACAGAUAUCCCCAGCCUGGUCCUUCUCAUGAAGAGGACAUUGCCAACUUUCAGGUGCUGAUGAAGAUCUUACCUGUAAUGGUGACCCUGGUGCCCUACUGGAUGGUGUACUUCCAGAUGCAGUCCACCUACGUCCUGCAAGGCCUCCACCUCCACAUCCCCAACAUAUUCCCAGCCAACCCUGCCAACAGCUCCCCGGCUCUGAGCAGCAGCGGCGGCGGCUACAGGUUUCCAGAAGCCUGGCUCCUGCUGGCCAACGUGGUGGUGGUGCUGAUCCUCGUCCCUCUGAAGGAUCACUUGAUUGAUCCUUUCCUGCUGCGGCGGGGGCUGCUUCCCUCGGCUCUGCAGAAGAUGGCUCUGGGGAUGUUCUUUGGUUUCACCUCCGUCAUUGUAGCAGGGUGUGGUGGUGCAUACCUGCAACCCCCAGCAACUCAGGACGCUGAGGCAAAGGAUCACAAGUUCAAGGAGACCAGCCUUGUCAACUUAGCAAGACUGUCUCAAAAUCAAAAUCAAAAGGGCUGUGGAUAUAGCUUAUUGUGUACAGUGCCCCUGUGUUCAAUCCCCAGUGCUGCAAAAAAUAAAAGGGUGGGGUGGAGAGGGGGUUGGAGUAGAUUUUUCAAAGAUGCACUCACUGCCUCUUGGCGACAAAUCAGGACUUAAAAAAAAAGAAAUCCUCUUCCUUCUUCUAUUUCAAAAGCAUUUGAAGCCUCUGUGUGUGUGUGUGUAAAACGCUAGGCUGGGACAGCACUUGCCUACCAGACAUGUGAGAUCCCGGGUUUGAUCCCCAACACCACAAAAAUCAACCAACCAAUGAGUAAAAUGUAAAAAUAAACCUAAAGGGGUCAGGUAAGGAAGGCUUCAUGCUGUUUCUCAACCUGAAGCCUUUCACCUAGGGGUUCUGUGAUCCUGAAGUUACAUCACAUCUCCAAGCUGCACCUUCUAAGCAGGGAUAGGAAUGCAUUGAGACCUGGAGGGGGGCCAGGCUCUGCCUUCAUAGUUGGGUGUGGUGAGGAUUAGAGGCGAUGGAGUCUGCGUAGCACCUAUAAUGUGACUGGAUCCCAAGGUGAAGCUGAAGAAAUUGAAGCUCAAUAAACAGUAUUAUGUUGAAAUAUGAAAAUCAAGCUA